CAUUACUACUUGUCGUUUGCUUUUGGAGUGUGUAAUAGUAAUACGAUAGGAGAAUUUGGGGAACGAACGAAUCUGAAGAAUCUACACAAGCAAAGCAGUUUCUGUAGAAAAUGGAACAAUGCGGUGAAAGAUUGAAAAAGCACGGUGUUGUGAGUGAGGACAGAAUCAGUGAGUUGCCUGAACAGUUGAUUCUGCAGAUAUUGUCUUUACUCCCAACAAAACUCGUCAUAGCCACAAGUGUUUUGUCUAAGCGAUGGAGGUCUGUUUGGAAAAUGGUGCCGAUUCUCCAGUUUGAAUCUAACAGUAACAUACCUGAAUUUUCAGAGAAUGUUUGCAAGACUCUGCUUUCUCAUAAAGCUCCAGUUUUGGAGAAGCUGCAUCUGAAAGUUAAAAGAUGUGAGGAUGUAUAUAUUGGAAUAUGGGCUGGAAUUGCAAUUACACGCCAUGUGCGUGAGUUGGUACUCGAUCUUGAUUUAAUUUCUGGUAAACCAGUCAGAUUCCCGAGUAGCUUGUAUUGUUUUGAUACACUUGAGACCUUGAAGCUCAAGAAUUCCGUUAUUCUGGAUGUUCCUUGUCUGGUUUCUAUGAAGUCUCUUAAAACUCUUCACCUUCAUUCUGUGGUGUACCAAAACGAUGAAACUGUCCGUAACCUUUUCUCUAGCUGUCCUAAUCUUGAACAUUUGGUCCUGCAUCGAGGUUUCAACUAUAAUGUUCUAGUGAAGAUCGUUAUUGAGGCUCCAUCUCUGAAGACACUAUUGCUUAACGACGAUUACAGGUGUGGACGAGUGGAUGGAGGCUAUGUGAUAAACGCUCCUUCUUUGGAAUACUUGAGUAUUGAAAGGUUAAAAGGCUAUGAGUUUUGUUUCAUUGAGAAUGCGUCCGAGCUAGUUGAGGCAAAUAUUGAAGACGUUUCUCAUAUAGCCAAUCAGGUGAUUAUGGGCUCUCUCAAGUCAGCCAAACGUCUUUCCUUGGAUUUAUCACCUUUGCAGAUUACAUAUCCUGCUAGAACAAUCUUCUAUCAACUGGUUUGUCUAGAGAUGUGUACACAUAAAGUGGAGUGGUGGAAUCUGCUUACGCUGAUGCUUGAUAGCUCGCCUAAACUACAAGUCCUAAAGCUCAUUGAUCAUUCGUCUGAUAAGCAAAAUCUGGUUUCUAACAAGAAAAAUAUGGAGCCGGGGAAAUGGAACCAACCAGAGGAUGUCCCUGAAUGUCUCUUGUCCCAUUUGGAGACAUUUGUGUGGACAAGACCCGAUUGGAUAAGAGAAGAAGAGAAAGAAGUGGCUAGAUAUAUUCUAAGCAACGCAAGACAGUUGAAGAAGGCAACGUUUUCCUUAGAUCACAUUGAAUCGAAAAGGCUCUUCAAGUUGGCAAAAAGACAACAGAUGCUCAACGAAUUGCCUGGUGUGGUCAGGGCUUCUGAUUCAUGCGACCUUGUGUUUGAAUAUGAAUGAUCUUAUAUAUAUGUGAGACUCGUUUUAUCAUAUACAGCUUUUACUCUACAUGUUGUUCGUUUAAUGUGUUUUAGAGGGAUUUAUAUCUGGUUUUUGGAUUUCAAAUUA